CCCCGUUUAUUCCCCCCCUUCUGGCGUAACCUCCUUAUGUCAUGCACCAUGGCUUCAGAGUACCUAUCCAGGUUCCUCUUGUGAUUUUGACACCCGUUCCUUCGUUUCUACUACCUCGGAUAAGGCCUUACACUAUCUCAUUGUCCCGCACUUGCGUGCUAUCGGAUUUAGCUCAUCACUUCUGUGUUACGGUGUCUAGCAACAUAUAAAUGUUCCAAAUUGAGUCCGAGUUUGCUAAGGUACGGAUAGUCAAAAUAGCCAAGCCCUUACUCGUCUUUUGCAUGCCUCUAUGGACUUCGCGGCCGCACCCAUGGGCGGGCAUCUGUAGCUACGUAUUUAUUUUCAGUCAGAGAUUUGUUUCCAGGCUACGUCUCCCUCUCGCCUACUUUCUGGACUCAAAGCUGCAGAUUAUUGGCUAGGCUUACGAUUACGAUUGAUGUAAAGCAUGAGAUACUUCGAAGGACUUCAACGGUGCUCCAAUUGGGAAUUGGGGAAAUUAUCGUCAACCAAAGCCAGAAUGGAGAUUUCGACUGUCCUUUGGCAACUAGGUAUCGAUGGGUUUGCUUUGGUUCACGUCGCCUGCGACGAUGAGCUCGCACAGGGCCGCAACUUUGCCCCGGAAAUAGAUAAGCUGCUGUCCUCUCCACUCGGUCGUCAUGUAGGAAAGAUUGUUGUCUAUCUGCAAAGCUUGGCCGAAUGUUGUAGAUACAGUAUCUCUUCAAGUCAUCUGCAAGCUGCGGUCGAGAUUUCUCCCAAAGCUCGUGCGAGAUGCUCCUUCGCCACAUUGACCGUCAAGCUACAUGAUUUGUUCAAUCGCUACACAGUCCAAACGGAAGGCUACUCACACGACUCUUGGGUCUUUGAGGUCGAAGUCGGAAACCCGGAAGAAUCUGCAGUCGGCGAGAACCGAGAAGUUCGGAUUCUGGUGUCGUUUUGCCUCCCUCUAUCGAAUUGGAGAUUCCCGACUUUCGAAAUCGGUCCCGGCUCUUUGAGUGUCAAACCGUCACAAUUCUCAUUCUUUGAACAAAACGAACCGGCAGUGACGUCUGCUUGUCGAGCACCUCUCAACAUACAAGAGGUGGUCGGACAGUUCGAACAGCCUAAAACUCGAUCUCAAACGACAGACUCGACAAAUUGA